CUCUUCCCAUAGACCCCUCUCGCAAGUGUCAUUUUCUCACAUAUACUUCACACAAAAGAAACAACCAUUCACUUCAUACCUUGUCAUUUCUUCUCUCUUUCCUCUCAGUCUCAAAUCUCUGCAACUACUCUCUCCUCAAUUCAUCAAAGCCCCCAAAAAUCUCAAAAAAACCUAGAAAUCUCACCUCAAAAUUCAAAACCCAUACCAUCCGCCACACCCAAAACAAGUUCCUCUGAUUUUUUGAUAGUGAUACUCUCCUAGGUAUUACUGCACCUAGAACCAUAAGGAAGAGGGGAAAGAAGAGCGAGAGGAAGGAGAAGAGAGUAGAGAUUGGUGGAAGAUGGAGUUGUUCCCAGCACAACCAGACUUGUCUCUGCAAAUCAGCCCACCAAACAGCAAGCCAUCGUCAGGGUGGAGGAGAGCAGAAGAAGAGGUGGAUUUGGGGUUUUGGAAGAGAGCCUUGGACUCCAGGAACUCCAUCUCUUCAAUGACCAAACCAGAUAGCUGUUUCGAGCUUUCGCUCUCGAAUCCGAGGGCUACCUCUGAGUCUAACAACAGCAACCAUUUUCAUCUCCUUCAGAAUGGCAACACCAAUCUCCUCCAUUCCUUUCAACAAAGCCAAUACCCACAUCAUCAUCACCAUCAACACCAACUUCAUCACCAGCUGUUUCAGCAGCAACAAGGAUUCAGCCAAGAGCUUGGUUUCUUGAGACCCAUAAGAGGAAUUCCAGUCUACCAAAAUCCUCCUUCUUUCCCAUUUGCUCAGCAGCCCUUGGAUUCUUCUAUAGCUUCUUCCACUACGACCAACACUGCCGCCACCACCACUGGCUCAAGUCCUUUCCAGUCUCAUCAUCAAGGCCUAAUUCGAUCGAGAUUUUUAUCGAGGUUUCCGGCCAAGCGCAGCAUGAGGGCGCCUCGGAUGCGGUGGACUACGACCCUUCAUGCUCGCUUUGUUCAUGCUGUUGAGCUAUUGGGUGGCCAUGAAAGAGCUACACCCAAGUCUGUUCUUGAGCUCAUGGAUGUGAAAGAUCUCACCUUGGCACAUGUUAAAUCUCAUCUACAGAUGUAUCGAACUGUGAAGACUACUGAUAGAGCAGCAGCUUCUUCAGGACAAUCCGAUGUGUACGAGAAUGGGUCAUCUGGAGAUACUUCUGAGGAUGUCAUGUUUGACAUUCAGAACCCGAGAAAAUCUGAGCUAUCAAUUCAACAAGGAAGGCCAAAUGUGCAUCAAGAGAAGGAUUACCAUGGCCUCUGGAGCAAUUCUUCAAGCAGGGAAGCUUGGUUGCAUGGCAAACAAAGGGAUUCUGGAGGGAACACACCAACUCUUGAGGAGGACAUGGAUCCAAAGUGCUUAAGCUAUGAAAGAAUAUCAGAUGUAAGCUCAUCAAACCUUUCAGGGACAAGCCCCAAGAAGCCCAAUCUGGAGUUCACUUUGGGGAGGUCACAUUGAUGAUAUCUUCUGGGUACUACUCAAAUUUUUAUUUUUAUUUUGAAAUCAUCAUCAUAUCUCUGAAGGAGGGCUGGUGAUGAGAAUCAGGUACCCACUGGGAAAAUCAGAGAAAAGAAAGGAAAAGAAAAGAAAAGAAAAAGAAAAGAAAAAGAGAGCUAAAGAAAGACAAGGAGACAAGAAAGACAGAAAGCAACAAAAGGAGAAGGGUGGAAAAAGCAUGUCCUUCCUAUCAAGCAGCUGUGAGAUCCAAAUCAACAUAUUAUAUUCCUACGUAAAUAUGAAAUCUAAUUGAUUUUAUAUGUUCUGCACUGAGAGAAGAGAGGGAGAGAGAGAGAGAGGAAGAGAGAGAGAGAGAGACCUUUAACUAUCCUAAAGUAUGAAGUGAACCUUGGUAAUUGUAAUGGGGCCCUUUAAUUUGAAAAAAUAUAUAUAAAUAUUUUCACCAAA